GUGUAAGGGUAUAUUUGGUAAAAUCUUAAAGGAUAGGUCUUCUUAAGAUCUUUAACAUCAUGACAAGAUCUUAUAGGAUCAUAUUAAGAUAUAAUAAGACACUCUUGGAUCAUGGUAAGGUGUUACAGGAUCAUAGUAUAAAGAUCUUAAAGGAUAACAACAUGAUCCUGCAUUGCAUUAUAAUUUUGGACUAGUUUUGCUUCAACAUUAGGGUAAUUUUCUAUGUGUCAUACAUAUCCCACCAGAUCGAUGCGAAAAUUCAAAUCUGAUCAGUUAGUUCUUUGAACAAAAUUGAUUUCAAAUUGGACCUUAGCAAAUGCAGUUUAGCAAUGUCGAUUUUAAUAGUCGAAAAAGAAUAAAAUGCCUUUUUUAUAUCUCAUUACGGUCAGUGUGCUAAUUAGUUUGACGCAAUAAUGUUUGACGCAAUAAUUAGCUUCGUCAUAAUCACUGUCAUAAUUGACUGACUGCGCGAGUGAAAACAUUACUUUUAACGAGUUAAAAUCCUUUUGAAAUGGCUAGUAAUAAAAGUGGAAAGACUGUGUCACCGGGUCAAUAUCGGUUGGACAUAUACUCUAUAAGAAAGUACCAGCCAGCGCUUCUAGAAUUUCUAGAUAUACAAAACUACGUCUUUUCGUUGAUCGAUAACGCGAAGAGAAUCUUGAUCGAAGAGGAAAUUAUGAACAAAAAACUGCAAGAAAGUUCAAAGAAAGACCACGGAAAAGUAAGAAGGAACUUCUAGGUAUUCCAUUAAUUAAUGUAAUUUGCAGAAUUGCGAUGAUUUACAGCGUUUAUUUUACUCAUUUUAAUAAAAUUUUCAUGCAAUUAUAAGUUGCUGGGCAACCACAGUAGUUGCCAAGCAACUAAUUAAUGGCAAAGCAACAUCUCAUUUCAUUCGCCAUUUGCAGGCGCAAGUGAACUCACGCGCGCUUAUUUAUGUUUAUGUUCACACGCGCUUAUUUAUUUAUGUUAUCUGAAGUGGACGAAAUAAUUGAAACGUUGCCUGAGACUGUAGAAGAAAAAGUUGCAAUGACCAUAAUCGCAGCCGUGUAAAUGCUGGUAAUCAAGCAUCUAAACAAUCAUGUUAUUUCUGUGGUGAAAGCUUCCCACAUAAGCAAGGUCGAAAAUCAUGCCUUGCAAUGGACAAAAAAUGUCGUAAUUGUGGAAAAUCAGGCCAUUUUGCAGUAAAAUAUACACGAGUCUGUAGGUCGCGAGGAUUUGAUCAAGCAAACCGAAAACAAACUGAUGGCGAUGUAAAAUCAAAGGAUAACAAAGUGAGUGUCGUGCACCUUGACUUAAGAAUGGACACACCACUUGAAGCAGACAGUGAUAACGAUAGUGAAAAUGCAUUUACUGCAUGGGAACGCAGCGAAAUUGACGAAAAAUUUGAGCGAGAUACCUAGUGUAAACAUUCAUGACAAGAAAACUUCCUGUGUCAGCUGUACCAAUCGGCGGCAAAGAUCGUGUCAAAGUGCUGAUUGAUGCAGGCGCUUCUGUGAAGAUUCUAUCUUCCCAAGAGGCCAAGACUUUGAAAGACUACAUAAAUCGAAGCAUAUUACGUUGGGACCGACAAGACUAAAGCUGCACGCUUUUGGAUCACAUUCGCCCGUACAAUUGCUUGGAAAAUUUGACACAUAAGUUAUAUCCUCAAAUUUCCUUUAUACUUUUACGUUGAUCGGAGGCCAGCAGCAGGAACUGACGCGAAACUGUACUGACUGUGCACGGGGUGCAAUGGCUUUUUCCUUGUUUAUGAACUCGCGAGGCAUGCUGCAACGGUACUUGCGAUCGGACGAGCUGGUCGGUGUGGAAGAAAGACCAACUGCCAAGGGUAUGCAAUUCGCAAGCUACUCUUAGCUGUAGGCGGGGCUGGUGAAUGCAGCAAAUAGCUGCAAAGCAUAAUUAAAAUCAUGGCUCGUGAUUAAAUUCUGCGGUCGCCCAGGCAGAUCCAACCAUCCUUGCUUUGGAGCUCCAUGAAACAGAAUGGGGCAAGAGAAUAACGUCACCAGCCCAUGACAAUCUCGACCUGUAAAGAACGAACAAGUCUCAUGUCUUUCCACUCACGAGCGAUCUGAUAAAGUUUCGUGACUACCUCUGGAGGCCAUUUCAAAAGGGGACAGAAACCUCCGAAGCCGUGUGAAACCGACAGAAGUGUGCCUUGCAAGACUCGUAAUGUUAAACUGACAAGAAAGAGGGGGAGAGACCGCACGGAUGAAGCUGAAGGCAUACCAAUCGCGAUGUAAUCAAAAUCAAGAGAUGUACCAAUCGCUCUCGGUUUCUAAAAAUAAAAGCAGCUUUGCAAAAAGAAGGUUCCGGUCAUCUUGACACCGGACGUCGCAGCUGUAGAUGCUCUUGAAAUUGCGGUGGUUGGCAAUUGUGGUUGGCCCACAAGUUCAAGGAACGAAAUUUGCGGGACAUGAAUAUCCAAGAGCUUUUAUUAUUACCCGUCAGUAACAAGUAUUGAUCAAGUCAUUCAAGAUGAGGUCAACUAAAGAACCGGGGGACACAUUUCAAGACACAUUUGAUAUAUUUCGAGGAUUCAUUGUCAGACUCGUAUUCACUGCAGGUGGAUUUGGACUGCAAACAACAUGAGCCGGCGUGAGCAAGAUGAUAAUCUGAAGUGAUGCUGGUUCGUUAUACUCGACACAGAUGAAAAAUUCUGAUAUGCUGCCUAAUUAUCAGUGGUUAUGAAAAUUGGAAGGAAUUGUUUAAUCGGAUAUUCAACAAAGUGCCAAAAUUAUAAGGUUGAUAAAAGAUAGCCUGAGAGAUGGACAAAUUAUUUUUAGUAUUUUCAACGCUCUUUUGUUUGUCACGAGCUGGACUCAACGGCAACAAAGACUGCGUUCUGUACCUAGGCUUUGACCGCUACAUUGGAAGUCGUAUUUUAGACAAUUCUAUGGAGAACAAUAAUGCAACAUUAAAUCAUGGUGCAACGGUUACCAAGGUUGAAGGAAGUUGUGGAGUAUGUGCUCAGCUUUUAGGUGGAAACAUUAAUAUACAAGGCAAAGGGUUUCGAGGAAUUCCUCAGUCAGAAGUUACAAUAGCAUUCAUGAUCAAGUUGUUACGAGUUAAUGGAUUAUUGCAUCUGUUUGAAACCAUUGGUGGUCAUUCUAAGCACCAAAAACUGCAAUACCGUUUGGAAGUUCAAGAUGGGAAAUUGAUUUGGUUUCAUCGCAAUUCAUUGGGAAACACAUUGUUCAGUGUUGCUACGGAUGAGCCAGUACUGACCGCAGGUGCCUGGAAUCAUGUUUUAGUGACAUAUACUGUAGUAACAGGAACCGCUCAAGUAUUUAUUAAUGGUGCACUAACGAAAGAAGUUGUCAAGGACCCGGGCGUACCAUUAUCUACUGAUUGGGAGAAAUACGUUGGUAUCGGUACUGAAGAAGGAGAGAAAGACUUGCGUGGAUAUAUCGAUGAAUUCUAUAUUUUCAAUAAAACGUUAAAAGAAAUGGAAAUUAAGAACCUCAUGUCAAAAUGCAGUGGAGCGAAAAGCAGCGUCAUACUUCAUCUAGCGUUUGAGAAAGAUAUGGGAAAUGUUUCGUUGGACACGUCUGGUCUGAAAAACGAUGCUUCUAUCAUGGGUAUCACCCCUCUGAUGCCCUCAUUAGCUGUCAAUGGUACCUGUGGUAUGGGCUUAAAGGUUCCAAGUAACACAGGAAUUAUUAAACUGGAUGGUAAGACAAUUCGAAACAAGCCAACAGACGCUGUUACUAUUGCCCUCUGGGCGAACUUUACGACCGUUGAAGGCAGACAUACACUGUUUGAGACCAUUGGAGGACAUUCUAUGCAUACGAAGAACCAGUAUGAACUAAGUGUGAAUGAUGGGUCCGUUUUAUGGAGACAUCGAAAUGAAUAUGAUCAAAUUGUGUUUGAAGUGAAGUCAGGAGCCAUGAUAUUGCCACGAAACUGGGUUCACUUCGCAGCGACGUACUCUUCAACAAGCAGCAAAGCAGGGAUAUAUAUCAAUGGGGUAUUGGUCAAGGAAGCUCCUGGGACGGGAUCACUCUCAGAGGACUGGGACGGACAAGCAGGUUUUGGGAUGCACACGGGGCUGGCCGGGGAUAUGCUGUAUAUUGAUGAGAUAAUGGCGUACAAUCGCGCACUAACGCCAUUUGAAGUUAAAAACCUGUUUGGUAAAUGUAACUUCGGUGGGAAUAGUGGAGGCAGCAAAGGUUUCCAAUUGGUGUACUAUAGUUUUGAAAGGCAAUCUGGUAAUAUUGUGUUUGAUGAUUCUGGUAAUAGCAUCGAUGCUUCAGUUAGCAGUCUAGCGCAGGUCACAAAAGCAAGUGGGAAUUGUGGUAGUGGACUUCGCUUAAACCAAGGUGACAUAAGCAUAAAGGGAUCAGCGAUGAUACGGCGUCCAUUGUUCGGUAUCACCGUCAUGUUAUGGUUGAAGCUAGACAACAUCCAGGGGGAUCAAGAAAUAUUCAUGACUACGAAUCCUAAGAAUCCUGGAAAUAAACACGGUCAAUAUCAUUUCCAAAUCAAUGCAGGGUCCGUCAGAUGGUUUCAUAGAAACACAAUGUCACAAACAAUUUUUAGCGUUGAAACUAAAGAAGCAAUUAUUCAGCCCGGUGUAUGGACACAUGUCUGUGCGACGUACGAUGUCAGGACUCGUAAAGCUGAGAUAUAUAUCAAUGGUCAGCUGAAGAAUUCCCAAACCAGUCUUGGGGGUGGAGCUUUAUCACAGGACUGGAGUGGCAAAGUCGUGAUUGGUAAACUGUAUGACAUGUCGGACAGCGGUCAAUGGAUCGAAAGUCAACCACUACUUGGUAUUAUCGACGAAUUUUACAUUUUUGGCAAAGCACUGCCUGCCGCUGAGAUUCAGUCUCUCAGCCAAACGUGUAACUCGCAUCGAGUUGUACUGCAUUUUGGAUUUGAGAAAGGCCAAGGACUUUUCACCCUGGACCAGUCGGGGCUAGGCAAUAAUGGCAAACUGGUAAAUUUAACUCUUUCGGAUAUGCCAGGUAUUUGUGGACUGGGUAUGAACAUGAGUCACGGUGAGAUCGACAUCGAUGGUCAGCGGUUCAAAGGGAAACCUUUGAACGCAAUCACGUUAGCUACAUGGAUGAAGUUAAAUACAAACAGGGGUCACCACCAGCUUUUCAACACCAUUGGCAGUCGUUCUGAGCAUAAAGACGAUCAGUACAAUUUUGCUAUUGACAACGGCAAAGUUAUCUGGUCGCACAAUGACGAGAAAGGCAAAUCUAUUUUUAGAAUAGAGACUAUACCCAUAAUUCCCGCGCGAAAUUGGACACACGUGACUGCAACAUAUGACUCAACAUCAAUGCUCGCCAAGGUUUACACUGGUGGGAAAUUAAUUAAAGAAAAAUCCGGCACGGGACUCUUAUCCCAGGAUUGGGGACAUUUUGCCGGUAUUGGUCGCCAUUUUUACGAAAAGGAGUACCUGAAUGGCGCCACAGACGAAUUUUUAAUGUAUAACUACGCUCUUUCCGACAGUGAGAUUCAGUAUCUUGCUAAGGCAAACUGUGGAAAGUAAAAAUCGCAUACAGUAGAUCUAUAUUAGCCAGUAUGUCUUAGAAGAAUGCGCUUCUAUCAACGAAAUUCUGCGUCGCUCACAUAGGAAGUCCCUCUAGUCCCAUCCAAUUCUAUUUUAGACUAAAGGCUGUUUCUAUAUAAUGAAAUGUUUUGAGGACUAUCAUUGUAAUCAGGGAAGCCGGAACGAUGCAAAGGCAGGAGGGGAAGAUUUUUGCGAAAGCGUACUGCUGUACUGCCGCAUACCAGAUAUUUGCAAAACACCGUCUGUGACUCUGUGUAACUUAGCUUUUCUUGAAUCUCGUUGGCAGCACUUCUAGCGUUGCACAAAGCAGAUUUCAUGGUUGGGUAAAAGCAAGGGGGAGCUUCCCACCCCUGGUUCGCGCGAGAAACAUUAGCUACGGUAUUAAUUUAAUGUAGCCAGGAAACAUUUAUUAGCGAGGUUCAGAUUUGACUUCGACUAAGGGAAAGAAGUCAAUCCGAACCAGGUCAGCGAGAGGCAGAACAAAGUUUAAAUUCUGGACCUGAAUAUUAUCGUUUUGCAAUGAAAUUCAAAAAGGUAAAAUUGGGUAGGCCUUUAGUAGGUAAUGUGAGUUUUAAUGCUGGCAGAAAACUCAAAGAUCUUUACCAUCGAAUAUUAAGAUGGCUGUUUAUAACAGUAUAUAUUCUUUAAUGAUUGUAUAUUAUACUUCGCCUGGGUAAUUCACAUUGUUGGGCCAUUUGGAGAUCUUUUGUCAUUUGCUUGUGUAUAUAUUGUUUUUGUAGUAUGCAGUAAGUUUAUAGAAAUGAAUAAAAAUGAAUUAAUGAAUUGAAAAUAUCAGCGCUCCAAGAAGAAAUUUAAAGUCUAGUCUGAUAAGUCUAUCUGAUUAGCCUUUCUCGCGAUGGCGUUUUUGGGGGUACUU